UAAUUUCUUGAGCAAGCCUACUGCAAGUAUAUAAAACUAGCCAUCUCCUGCUCCUUCUUCAUUCAGCUUCACUUCUCAGUGCUCUUCCCUGCUCCAACAAAGGCUUUGCCGACUCCCCAGAAAGAUGUGCUCCCGUGGAUCCUGCCACAGUCGCGAGACCUCCUGCCACAGCUCCCGCUCCUCCUGCCAUGACUCAGGGCCCUCCUGCCAUUCCACCUUCCAGAGGGAACCCGUGCCCCAGUUCCCCUGCGUGACGCCGUGCUGCCCCCCUGUGCAGCGCUACUGCCCCCCCGUGCAGACCUACUGCCCCCCUGUGCAGCGCUACUGCCCCCCUGUGCAGCCCUACUGCCCCCAGUACACCAAGAACAUCUGCAAGCUGCCGCCAACGUACCCCAAGUACUAGCACAAGGAUCCGGGCACCCAACGCCGGCUGCCUCCUCCUGCACGCCCAGACCACGCAGCACCCAUCCUUACGGCUGUCCCGGGGACUCUGCCCUGUGCCUCACCACUACCCCGCAUGAAAUCUGCCCCAAAGCAUCCCGCAGGCAGUCUUUCUUUCCAACGAUGCAGGAGAUGGCCCUUCCAGGUGUGCCGGGCACAGUUACCACCGGGAAGCCUUUGAUGCCUCACACUUCUGUUUCAGGCUCCUCUGGACGGGGAAAACAAUAAAGCUUACAAUUCAUGAAACCCA